GAUUAGGCUGUUAGGAAGUUAACAAGGGAGUGGCCCCGUGCGAUGGAUUAUUGUUUUAAAUACUAUCUUGUUCCUAUUUAAACAUUAUUCUUGAAUGAAGAGCUGAAUCAAAAAUCAUAUCGAACCUAUUUUGAGAGAAAGGGCAACUUUCGUCACAGACAGUUUCGGUUUGUUACUAAAACUUUUAGAGGUUAUAUUGAUAACCUACUAAUUCCUAAAGAAAAAAAAAAACUCAUGUGCCGCGCACUGAAAUAAAACUUUCUUCGGAACGUGCUGUUGACAAUGGUUGAGAUGAAUUUAAAGCAAUUCUGUUAGAAGCUUUUUAUUGGCAUGGUAACCACACUAAUGGUUCGGGGAAUGUUUCUGCCCGUUUGACUUGCUGUUGUUUGUCUCUGAAUCAGCAGCUCUUGUUGCCAGGAUUGUGUUUGGGACGCUUGUCCUUCAGUCCUAUCGGGAGACUUGUGAGAGUGUUUGGUAGACAGCUCGAAAAAAGAAUCAUAUCCGAUGAAGAGUAAACGGGAUCAACAGCACAUGAUGGCAGACGUUAACCCAACAUCGGUACAGGACCUGUCGGCAUUUGUUGAAACAACAAUGCAGAACCUACAGGGAACGUUUCAAGCGAUGUCCAACCAGAUAAUCUCAAGAAUGGAUGAAAUGGGGACCCGUAUUGAUGACCUGGAAAAGAAUGUAUCUGAGCUGAUGACACUAGCAGGAAUGGAUGAACCAGUGGAAGAUAGAAAGAUACACUAUAUGGAUCCCAAGAUAGAGUAACAUUUGCAAUAACCAAGAAGACAUGCAUUAGUAAAUGACUAUUAGCUAGAUUCUAGAGAACCCUUCAAAAUAUAAGAAUGCACAAUUCAAUAUUGUUUCACUAUACUAAUGUUAGUUUUUAAUGUGACUAUCCUUUCUUACCUUUUUAGCAGUAAAAGUGAAAAAGCAAAAAACUUUUGCCCAGCAAAGAGUUAGUUGGAAACAUUUUACAAGUUGGAAUUCACUACAAGAGGGUGGACAGUCGUCUGAUUGCUCUAUACAUGAACCAGAAUGGCAUGUAAUUCUGAACAAAAUGAGACUCCCUCAGGACAACUGGCUGUUGAACAUUUAGGAGGGUUAUCUAACCAUGUUCCCAUUUGUAUGAAUACUGUGGACACUCAACAGCAAUGCAAAAAUGGAAGAUCACAUUUUGGUGGACUUAUCUGUGACCAUUUACCACUCAACCAAUAAAAAUGCCAAACAUCUGUGUUUGUAUUUAUCCAUAAUCGGGAUAUUAUAGUAUGGUGUCAUUACUGCGUGACUAUGCCUGUCUAGCUACAGUUUAGUUCAUUAUACCAGCUGGUGAGAGGUAAAAUUUAUCAGAGAUGUACUGGCAGCUUGAAACUUCUAAAGGUGCGGGUAAUUUUGGGUGUCUCAAAGGAAGUCUGAUGUUCCAUUAACCUUCUGUGCAAAGCAGAUUCAUAAUAAAUGUUUACAGGAUAUUAUAGUAUGGUGUUGUUAUUUAAUGACCAUGCUUAUCCAGCUAGUUUAGUUGAUUAUUCUGACCUGAGUGGCUCAUCCAGUAAAGGCCCUUCUGUAUGGUGUGACUCAUGUGAUCAGAAGCUUACUGGUUUUAAAUUUGGUUGUACCGAGUUACUGAUCUUGGCUGGGGGUCCACUAACUUAUUUUGAUAGUGUGCAUUUCUAAUUCUGAUGCAAGUCAGUUUUAGAUUUAGCCUGAAAUAUUGAAAUCAGGCCAAUCACAAAAGUUCAAAUCCAGUAUAAUUACAAAUAUACUGUAUUCUAAUUCCACUCAAUGAUUUUAUGCAUGUGUACCUGGUCUAAGUGCAAUGGAUGUUUUUGCAUGAAAGAUGUUUUAUCUAUUGAAGCUUAUUUCAAAUGUUUAUUCCGCCUCAGAAGUCAUGUUCCAUUAUCCAUCUGCAAAGCUGACACAAAACACUACAAGACCUGUUAACAUAAACCAGAGAUAUGAGCGAAAAUAUAAUUAAGUGCAAUACUUUAUUGCAUUAAAAACAAACAUUGAAAAAAUAUUAACACAGUUUUAAAAACUCUGUCCAGUAAAUGUGUCAUCAAUGUUGAAAAAAGCUGGAACUUUGGCAAGGACGCAUUGGAAUCAGUAUCUGUAUUUGGUAGAGUAGUCCUUCGGAGACACCACCAGACCUCGUCCUUUACGUGCCCCUCUAUAAACUGUCUCUACAAUGUCUAUCAUCUCAUGAUUGUCUUCCAUUGUCCAGUUGAUUUUGUUGUUGUUACCAGUGCCUAAAUCUAUCAUGAUGUGUUUGUUCCU